AUGAAAAAUCAUUAUGACACUUUGGGCUUAGAGAGGAAUGCUAAACCUAACCAAAUUAAGUAGGCCUAUCAUAAAUUAGCCCUUUAGUGGCAUCCAGAUAAGAAUAGUGAGUUUGGGGCAACAGAUUAAUUUAACUAAAUAAAUGAAGCCUAUACUACCCUAUCGAAAGAGGAAUCAAAAUCCAAAUACGACAGAAGACUAUAAACCAGAGAGAAUUGGAAUGACCUGAUAACCUAUUUUAAAUAGUAACAAGAAGAACAAAAUUUACAAUAUGAUAUUAGGGAUGAUUUUAUAUCAAACGAGGAUCGAGAAUUCUUAAGAACCUUUUCAAAUAAGCAAGAAACUGAAUAAAUUUAAAAAAAAAGAAUAAGAAAAAGAAAAUGA